GGAAAGUGUUGGUGAAAGGGUGGGGUCGCGGGGCGGAGGGCGCUCGCUUGAGGGGGCCUUGGGCCUCCUGGGUGAGGUGCCCUCGGUCUGACUCUCCCGAGCCCUUUCUGUGUGAGAAGAGGAUGUGAGGGCCGUGCCUUCCCUGCCGCGCAUUCCGUGGGAAAAUACUGUAGCUUUCAUGGAAAUGCCAACAUACCCUGCGCGGAGAGCUCCUGCUUCGGGCGAGCGCGUGGCCUCACGGCAUCAUCCCAAAUAAUUCAAAGGGACGCGCGAGCACGUUGUCGCUACUCCGCGGGUCUGGAGUCUCCCAUAACCGGCCGAAUAGGCCCCAUCUCGGUCCCCUGGAGGGUGCUGAGAAGGGGUCCAAAGGGAACCCUGCUAAAGCCUUUUCUCGCCUGGCAGCUGAUCUGCCUUAACUUUUUUUUUUUUUAAGGAAGUGGGUUCUUGAGCUUUUCGCAAUUGUUAAAAUAUGCGGUCUUGUGGGCAAAGAGAUGCCUGUUAAACUGAACUAUUGUUUCAUAGGGAAGAAGUUAUUCAAGAUCUAGGAGAGAGUGGAUUUGAAUUUUAGUGUAUCCAGUGUAGCAAAAUAUUUAUUCAGCUACUGGACACGCUCAUCCAGACUCAACUCCGUGAAUGAAGCGAUGAUACAGUUUUGAACUGCUUCAUCGUAGAGUCAGCGUUUCUUCUGGCAAGCUCUGUCUUCCUUGGCUAUUACGGUGAAAAGAGGGCAGAGAAGUAGUAGAAGAUGACCCAUAAAGUUCCAAGCAGAGAAACCUCAGUAUGAAUGUGCUUGGGCUGCAUUCGAAAGCCUCUUGAAGCACCAGUGCCAAGUUGUAGCAUCUUGCAUCAGUUGUCCUUUCUGCCCUUCUGAUAGUUGUGGGUUUUGAUCAGGGUCUCAGCCCCAGCUCGCACCAUGUGGACUGCGGAUGAGAUUGCGCGGCUGUGUUACGAGCACUAUGGGAGCAGGCUCCCCAAGCAAGGGAAGCCUGAGGCCAACCGCGAGUGGACGUUGCUCGCUGCCGUGGUGAAGAUACAACCUGCAACUGGCCAGGCCUGCGACUUCCCCGAUGGUGGAGUGCAAGUGACAAAAGAAGUUGUUUCAAUGGGAACAGGAACUAAAUGCAUAGGCCAGUCCAAAAUGAGGAAGAACGGAGACAUCCUCAAUGACAGCCAUGCUGAGGUCAUUGCCAGAAGGAGUUUCCAAAGGUACCUUCUCCAUCAGCUUCGCUUGGCUGCCACCCUGAAGGAGGAUAGCAUAUUUGUCCCAGGAACUCAGAGAGGACUGUGGAAACUCAGACCAGACCUCUUGUUUGUGUUUUUCUCCAGCCAUACACCAUGUGGGGAUGCCUCCAUCAUUCCAAUGCUUGAGUUUGAAGAUCAGCCUUGCUGUCCUGUCAGUAGAGAUUGGGCUAAUAACCCAUCAGUAGAAGCCAGUGGUUACCUAGAAGCUCCUGAAGGUAAAAGGAAAUGUGAAGAUCUGGAUAGUCCUGUGAUCAAAAAGAUAAGCCUUGAGCCCGGGACUUCUGACUGUGUGGCUCACCAUCGGAGUUUUGGCAAUCAGGAAGGUGACUCAAACCCACCAAAAGUCAACAGCUCUAAUCUCACUGCAGAGGAACUGGCUGCUGUUACUGGAGUGGCCCCCGGUGGUGCCAAAGUGGUAGACGUUUAUAGAACUGGAGCCAAGUGUGUGCCGGGAGAAGCUGGAGACUCAGGGAAGCCUGGUGCUGCGUAUCACCAGGUGGGGCUGCUCCGAGUGAAGCCAGGCCGGGGAGACAGAACUUGCUCCAUGUCCUGCAGUGACAAGUUGGCACGGUGGAACGUCCUGGGAUGCCAGGGGGCACUGUUGAUGCACUUCCUAGAAGAGCCCGUCUACCUGUCAGCUGUGGUCAUUGGAAAGUGCCCGUACAGCCAGGAGGCCAUGCAGAGAGCACUGACUGGGAGGUGUCAGAACGUCUCGGCUCUACCCAAAGGCUUUGGAGUUCAAGAAGUGAAAAUACAGCAGUCAGAUUUACUAUUUGAACACGGCCGCUAUGCAAUGCAGGCAAAAAAGGCUGACAGCCCAGGCCGACUUGUUCCUUGUGGGGCAGCCAUCAGCUGGAGUGCAGUUCCUGAGCAGCCGUUGGAUGUCACUGCCAAUGGCUUUCCACAGGGAACAACAAAGAAAGGAAUCGGACGCCUUCAGGCCAGAUCCCGAAUCAGCAAAAUAGAACUCUUUAGAUCAUUCCAGAAGCUGCUGAGCAGUAUUUCAGAGGACAAGUGGCCAGACUCCCUCAGGGUGCAGAGGCUCGAGACAUACCAAGAGUACAAGGAGGCUGCAUCCGCUUACCAGGAAGCCUGGAGCAUACUCCGGAAGCAGGCGUUUGGAUCUUGGAUCAGAAAUCCGGCAGAUUAUCAUCAGUUUAAAUGAGAAGAGAAAGUUCACAAAAAGCUUACUGGCAGCCCGGAGCUAUAAGCGCCAUGCAGUCUCGGAGCUGCCAGUGGCUGCCUUUGCCUGCUGCAGAGAGACAGCCAGCUUGUGAAUGAAAGCAGUGAAGAAGGAAACAGCCAAGAGAAAUCAAAGCUCUCAUGACCUUGUCUGGAUGCCGGAAGCUAAUGCCUACUCUGGACUUCAGUUAUGUGAGAUAAAUUCCUGUUGUUCUGAGUAAGCCCAUUUGACACCGUUUUCUAUGAUUUUCAAUGGAAAGAGUUCUGUCUAAAAGGCCAAAAGUCCCUAAAGCAACUCAGCAACAAACCUAGCAACCAAUCCUGUUUUCACUAACCUCUAAUAUUUAACUAUCAACCUCUUUACUUCCUAAUUUAUUAACUGAAAAUGGAAGCUCUCUAAAUUGGGAUUAUUCAAGAUCCUUGUAGGUUCCUCAGCAUUUUUUAUAGCUUUAAAUAUUUUUUAAUAACAGCUUUAUUGAGAUAUAAUUCUCAUACCAUAAAAUUCACCCGUUUAAAGUAUACAAUUUAGUGGUUUUUAAUAUAUCCACAAAGAUGAGCAAAAACACCACCUCAAUUUUAGGACAUUUUUGUUCUAAAUUUGGUCGGGAGCACUCUUUGACAUAGUAUAGUACCCAUUAGCAGUCACUCCCCAUUUCCCCUCAACCCCCUAACCCCAGAGCAAGCAGUCAUCUACCUUAUGUCUCUAUGGAUUUGCCUAUUCUAAGUUUGUGUGUAAACAUAUGUUCUCAAUUUUUUUUAAUUACAGAAGUAAUGCAUAAGCUUUUCAUAACAAGUUGUCCUUGAAUUUUUUUCUGUAAGAAAUUCUGUUAGACAGCAGGAAAGAAAGACAGAAAUAUCACUACCCGAAAGUUAGGCUCUCCCAUAUGCUACUUUAAUCAGAGAGAUCCUUUUGCCUGACUCCAAAUCCUGUGAUAUGGUAGCAUUUAGGAUACCUUGACUGGCAGAAGCUUUUAUCUACAGAAGAUUAACAGCCACAGCUUUCUGCUGCUGUUAUCUGAUCUAUUGCCCCUUCCUCUCCAAUUUUUUUCUCUUGGAGCAUUUUAAAUUGAAUCCUAACCAUCAUAUUUCACUCAAAAAAUUAACAAUGAUUCCUUAAUAUCUAUUAUGCAGUCUGCAUUCGGUUUCCCCUGUUGUCUCAUAAAUGUCUUUUGACUGUUCAUUUUUUCAAAUUGGUAUCCAAAGUCCACACAGUGCAUUUGAUUGAGGUAUCUUUUACCUGGCUAAAUCUGUAACAGUUCACUCUCUUUUUCAUGUGUUUAACAAAUGGGUCCUUUGUCCUGUAGCCUCUACUCCGCCCAGGAUUUGGCUGCUUAUUUCCUCCAGUGUUGAUAACAAGUUCCUCUGUCCCACAUAUUUCCUGUAAAUUUGCACUUACAUGCUUGAUUAGUUUCCGGUUCAGCUCAUUUGCAGGUGAUUCUGCACACUUCUGCUGCAUCACAUCUAAGGGAACAUAACAUCUGGUUGUCCCACUUUUAGUGAUUGAUCAGUGGGUUCAGUGGUAUCAGCCUAAUCUAUCCCAUUAUGAAGUUCCCCAUCACCCUUUCACAUAAUACAGCUGUGUUGAGGGUCUCCAGCACCACCCCAGUUUUGACUAUUCACUAGACAGACUCUCAGAACUUAAAAAGCUGUUUUACUCAUAGUUACCAUUUAUUACAAUGAAAGGAUUGAAGUCAGCAAAGGGAAAGCAGCAUAGACAAAGUCUAGGAGAAAGCCAGCAGUAGUUUCUGGUUGUCCUCUCUGUGCUAAUCAUGUGUUUCUGAUGCUUUGACAUCUUAGCCUUACUGACCCUGGAGAAACUAUCCCUCCCAGGGCUAGCCAGUUUCUAGAGAUAGUUAAAGACUCAUCCAUGAGUGCACUUUUUAUAUGAAAACCAACCAAUCCAGAGCCCAUACCCCAAACACCCCUUUUCUGGGGUUCUCACAUUCCAGGCCACUACCCACCUGCCCUAGUCACCUAAAAAAUAGGGACAGUCACUGUGCCUCAGAGUCCUCUGAAAUUCGUCAAACUAGCCAGUCCCAAACCUGCUCCCCUACCUGGCCCCUCCCUUUCCCUUCGCAAUAAGGGCUCUUGCCCACAUUUCAUCCUAGCUCCCUCUGCCUCCUGUUCCACCCUGGUGCUUCCCCAUAUGGCUCCUCCUGGCAUGGCAUGCCCCCUCCUCCUACAUUUUAGAGGCUCUCCCAGGGGAGUCACACACACAGCACUUAAUUCCCCUGGCAGGGGUGUGUGAUGUGUGACAGUACAUGCAAAGUGUUGCCAAUCAGGGAAGCUCACCUGAGCCUCGGGUGCUAACACCCAAGGAUACACAGGACAACAAAAAAUUGUCCUCCCACAACAAAAAAUUAACCAGCCAAAAAUAUCAAUAGUGCUGAGGCUGACAAACCCUGAUCCAGGGAUCAUGUUCUAAAGUGAUUUGAAAUAGUUCCUCUCUAGUUAUUGCUCCAAAUCUAUACACAGUUAAUUUUGUCUUAUUUUGCUUUCAAUUUUUAGGGAGGCUUUUUAAAAAAUUAUGUAAACUAUUUAUGUGAUUCCCAAGUUAAAACAAGUUAAAAAAAAAAAGAUACAUUCAGAGAAGUCUUCCAACCUUAUCCCCUCCCCUCUGUUUCUUCCCGCCCUCAGCAGUAACCAUUUUUAUUAGUUGUUGGUGGACAUUUCAUUAUCUUUUGAAUGCUUUGUGAAUAACCUACAUUGAGUAUUUUGUAUUUCUGCCAGUGUAUCUUUUGGAUAGAUUCUUAGAGGUGAGAUUUGCUGGGUCAAAGGGUAAAAAUAUAAUUUUUCUUUGUUGAAAUAUGUCUUCAAAAUUCUGUUUCUUUUUUUAAAUUAACUUACUUUAAUUUUUUUAAAUGGAGGUACUGGGGAUUGAACUCAAGACCUUGUACAUGCUAAGCAUGCACUGUACCACUGAGCUAUAUAUACCCUCUCCCCCAAAGUUCUGUUUCUUAAUACAAUGAGUGCAAAAAGAAAAAAAAAGGAAAAUGCAGGACAGCAUAACUUUCUAUUUCUAUUAAAAAGAAAGUUGAAACAAAGGACCUAUGUUUUGCUAAACUGUCUCUCAAUAGAUACACAGGAAACCACUAACCAGGGCCUAUGGGGAAGGAAAGGGAAUGGCUGGGGCCUGGGAGUGGAAGGGAGACUUUUCACUGAAUACCCUUUGUAUUUUAUUUUUUAAAAUUUUGAACCAUGUUAAUAUAUACCUAUUUUUUAAAAUAAAUUUUAGGAAAGAGAAAAAAGUGGGAAAAGUCUUAAAUAGUUUUAAACUGUAGGAACACCACAACAUACUAGAAGUGACGUUGUAUAGGGAAGAGGGACUCAGCAUGCUUUAGGCAGCUCUGCUUAUAAUUCCACACAGUUCUCUCUUUACUAACAGAAUGUUUUCUGGAAUUUGGCUCUUUCAGCAGUGCUUCUUCUUCAUUCUGUGUUCAUAGUGGGCUCUAUGUUAAAACUAUGUGUGCAUAAUUUUUAUUCUCUUUUUCUUUAGAAUUUCUAAAGCCUGGCUUGAUUUAAAUAAUUUUGUGCAUUUAUUCCAUGUAGUCAUUUCUGCCUCAAAGCAUGGAGUUAACUGCCUUUUUUAUGGAGUUUCUCAGUGCCAAGCAUUAGCUCACUGUCUGGGGAGACAAACUGAUGUGGAGAAAAUGACCCGUGCUGGCCGCCAGUGCUCCACUGGGAAGAGAAGCAGGCCCCAUCUGAUUUUGUCGUGUCUGUGGCUGGUGGAAAGCUGCCUGCACCUGGACCUUGGCAACACUUUUUGGCUUGAAGACGAUGUUCUGAGCACGCCUUAGCCAAAGUUUUCCAGUUUCUAAAACCCAGAUCCCUUGCUGGCUAGUUAAAUAGCUUAGGACAAUGUGAGGUUUUCAGCUGCCACUAUCCUCCUGUGAUGAUGUUGGGGAAGUCAGUGAGCUGUUAAAAGGAGUCCCACUGCAGCAGAAGGUUGUCGAAACUGGGGAACAGCUUCCAAGUAGAAAGAUACUGCAUAUGUGCUCACUUUCAAGGGCUCAAGCAAUUCUUUCCAUAGGAACAAAUGCAGCUACUGUGAAGGAAUGGAGGGAUACAAAAGGAGCCAAGGAGGCAGAUAUUUUGGAGAAAGCUACUUUAUUUUCCAGAAGGAAGAGUUCUUUUUAUACCACAUUUUGAAGAAUUAUAGUUGGCCUUCAUAUCUUAUAAACGUGAAUCCCUUUAAACCUAAAUAUAUCUGUACUGGGGCUAAGACUGACUUUCUGGAAGAAUGUCCAGCUGUAUCCAAAACAAAUCUUAAGUAGUACUUGUGGUCCAAAAGGGGGAGAAAAAUUCUACAAAAAGACACUUAAGGGCUGCAGGCAAAGUCACAGGCAUUCAAUUUUUAUUUCUUAAAACUGGGGUCCCAAAACUAACCAAAAGGGAUAGAAAUGAGAACAGGGGUUGUUGCCUGGUGGGGGAAGAUGGGAGAAGGGAGUUGAGUGGGGAAAGGCCCGAGGGAACUUCCUAGGAUGAUAGAAACAUUCUGUGUUGAUUAAUUUGUCAAAAUUUAUUAAGCUCUACACUUAAGAUCUGUGUUUUUAUUGCAUGUAAUUAUAUCUCAAUAUAAUAAUAUAAAAAAAA